CUUUGACAGAAAGUAUAUUAAUCUGGAAUACAAUUUAGAGAUUUCCAAUGAAAAAGGUUUUCCCGCAUUAAUAGCCUUUCCUGUGGCCAAAAAUCACACAAAAUCUCGACAGUUAUUACUUAAAAUACUAAACAUUAUGGUCGAGUCGGGUAUUAAUGUGGAGAUGGAGGAGAUGUCUAAAUUAGGUAUUAUUAUGGAGGGCCACAACCUAUACGAUGACUAUAGGAACCGUACAAACAGUUCCCAUCACCAAGAUGAG